AUGCCGCUUCUCCGUCCUCUCAAUCACCCCUCCUCGCCCCUCACGCCCCUCACCCCAACUCUCACAGCGCAAGCGCUGCUGGCAGUGAAGGGCGCGCUGGGGGUGACCUUCACAACGUGGGGGCUUGACAAGCCGUGCACCACGGCUUCCACCGGGCCGGCCAUUGAAGGCACCCUCACUGCUGUGUCCUGCACAUGUGCUCUCACCACCUGUGCUCUCAGCACCAGCAUCUGUGCUACCAAGACUGUCGUUCAUUUGUCUCUUGGACUUGUGCUUCGGCAUGCUGCCUUCUCCAGAUUUCUCCUACUAAUGCCCAUCCCCCCUCCACCCAGCUUGUGCAUUGCUCUCACGACCCGUGCUCCCACCGCCUGUGCUGCAAGCACCUGUGAUCUCAGCAGCGCGCUGGGCUUCAACUACCUGACGGGGUCGCUGCCUGGCAGCAUAGCGGCGCCUCUCAAGGCUCUGGACGUGCAGUUCAACUUCCUUGCCGGCUCCUUCCCCGCCCUCGGCCUCGCCUUCUGCUCCGCCCGCAUCAACUGCUUUGCUUCCACCGCCAACUGCAAGCACCCCACAAGGCCCGCUGAGAUCCCGCGCGCAGCAGCCGCCUGUGCCAUCUGCAACACCACGAACGCUCAGGGCAAGCUCUGCAGCAACAUCAUUGGUGGUGGGAUCUGCAGCGUCACUCCUCCCUCGCUCCUGCUCCCACCAGGCACACCCAACAGUGCCUCAUCGCCCGUGCUCCCUCUGGUCUGCACCGCUGCUACAAGUGUGCCCAUGGAUGCGACUCAAGCCGCUGCUCUGAUGAAUGUGAAGGUGGCGCUGGGAGUGUCGUUUCCAGACUGGCGGGUCGAUGCCCUCUGCACCCUCGUGGGCUCGCCCUCCCCGGCUCCCAGCACGUGGAAUGGAGUCGCCUGUGAUGAUUCCGGGAAAGUGCUCCGAGUGUCGCUCAAGGGGCAGGGCCUCACAGGGAGCAUCCACUUGGAGAUCUCCAAGCUCACCACCCUCACCGUGCUAGACCUGCAGUCCAACCGGCUGGAAGGCAAGAUGGACGCCUUCACUGCCAACAUCAAGGCGCCUCUUGUGCUCAAGGAACUCUACCUGCAGUACAACUACCUCUAUGGCACCUUCCCCUCGGCCCUCCUCGCCCUCAAGACCCUCUCAACACUCUCCGUGGCCUUCAACUACCUCACCGGCUCACUCCCCACCGCACUCCCCACCAUGCUCGCCUCUCUGGACGUGCAAAGCAACUUCCUGGCGGGUUCCGUGCCGGCCAACAGCAUCCCUUACUGCGCCAGCACGGGCAACUGCCUGGUGGACGCGUCCAAGUGUGCAUCCCUGGGACUGCCACAGCGCAGCGCCGCUGAAUGUGCCGUCUGUGGCUCCACCAAUGGCCAGGGCGCUCUGUGUGCUGCUGCCACCAGCUGCCGGGUUGCUGCUGCUGGGGCUAGGGUGGCGUCUCCCCCCACUGCGCUUUCCGCUAGUCUACCUCUCUUCUGCGAGGCUGUUCCUAUGGACUUGAUAACAACCCAAACCAUGGUGGCCAUCAAGGCCGCACUGGGGGUGACGCUGACAGACUGGACUGCCACCCUGCCGUUGCUCAAGCCUUCUGGUCCCAUCUCGCCCAAGUCGCUCCCUCGCAGCAGCAGUGUGCCGCUGGCAGGGUCUCUGGGCACGUGCACGUUGGAGGGGCAGACUCCCGGCCCAGGCGCAUGGACCGGCGUCUACUGCAGCUCCAAGGGCGUUGCCGUGGGCAUUCACCUGCAGUACAACUGGUUCUCCAGCUCCAUCCCCUCCUCUCUCGUCGCCCUGCCUGUUCUCUCCACCCUCAAGCUGAGCCGCAACUAUCUGACGGGCACAGUGCCGGCGUUCAAGACGUCCCUCAAGGCCCUCAACGUGGCCAGCAACCUGCUCUCGGGCUCCUUCCCCAUCGCCACCCUCACCGCCUGCGAUGCGCGCUCCAACUGCCUCUCCAGCGCCACCAACUGCGCCAACACUGCCGGCACAUCACAGCUGGCAGCCUCAGAGUGCAGCGUGUGUGGGUCCACCGAUGCUUCUGGCGUUCUGUGUGGGGGAGGGCUGUGCGCCCCUGAUGCCUCCGCCCCUGCUGCCUCCUCCACCCCCAACACGGACGGCCAGCCGCUGCUGCCACUGAGCUGCCUGGGAGUGCCCAUGGAUGCGGCCAUGGGGUUGGCGCUGCUGAGUGUGAAGGCAUCGCUGGGUGUCACGUUCACGGAUUGGAAUGUGGAUGCGCCGUGUGCACUGGCAGGGCAGGCCGUGGUGCCGGGCUCGUGGUCCAGCGUUGUGUGUGACGCCAACGGCAAGGUUCUCACCCUCGAGCUGAACAACAACCUCUUCUCAGGCCGCCUGGACUCGUUCCUCACCCCUCUCCUUCCCGUCAAGACCCUCAAAGUCCUCCACGUGCACAACAACUACCUGUCGGGCGCCAUGCCUCCAUCCCUCACUGCUUUCUCCGCCCUCUUUGAACUCAAGAUCCAGGGCAACUACCUGACAGGCAGCAUGCCGGCAGCACUGCCGGCGUCCCUCAAGUACCUGGACGCAUCAGGGAACUACCUGUGUGAAGGCAUCGCUGGGAGUGUCGUUCACCAGCUGGGCGGUGAGCUCGCCGUGUGCCGUGGAGGGAGUGGCAGCACCGCCAGCAAGCUGUCGGGGCAGAAGCUGGCAGGAAAGAUGCACUCAGACAUCUCCAAGCUCACCACUCUCACCUCCAUCGUGCUGUAUCUGAUUCUCCUCUUGCGCGCUUAUCUAGUUACCUCAACUCAAAACGCACUUAUCCUCUUAUCUUUCUCCCAUCUCCACCCCCCUCUGCUUCCCCCCAUACUCUCUCCACUCCCUUCCUCUCCCCACUUCUCCCCUCCUACCAACUCCGCUCCCCUCCCCUCCCGUCCUCUCCUUUCUCGUUUUGUUUCCUCUCAACCUGAUCACCUCGCCCAUGGCAGCAACUUCAACUUCAACUGGUUCGCUGGGUCCAUCCCCUCUGCCCUUGUGGGCAUCGCCUCCCUCACAUCAUUUGGUGCGAGCUACAACUACCUGUACGGCCCCGUGCCCAAGCUUGGCACGGCUCUCAAGACCAUCGACGUGCAGAAGAACUGGCUGUCCGGCACAUUCCCCGGCACUGGCUUCCUCUCCUGCUCUGCCUCCUCCAACUGCCUCGCCAGCACAGGCGCAUCCAACACCACAGGCACCACGCAGCGCCCAUUGGCUUCUUGCGCCGUCUGUGACUCUCCCACUGAGGCUGAUCCCAUCUGUGCCGGCGGCACCUGUGCUCCCAACACUGCCGGCCCUCUUGCCUCCUCCACCACCCCCACCACCUCGUCUCCCAUCCUCCUGCGCUUCUGCGUCGGUGUGCCUUUGAACGCAGCGCAAGCCGCCAUUCUCCUCUCUGUGAAGACGGCUCUCGGGGUCACCUUCAUCGAGUGGUCUGCCAGUACCCUUGCAUUAUCCCCCAAGGCCAAGACCCUUGUCAGCGAAUUCAGAAACGGGCUCAAGGCGAUGGGGAGGCGGCUCUUGGCAGAGAGUGAACCGGGCAGGGAGAGGGUGCUGCUGGUGGCUUCGGGGCAGAUGGGCUCGUGCACGAUUCAAGGCCAGACGCCCGUCCCUGGCUCCUGGCCGUGCGUGUUCUGCUCUUCUGCCGGCAUGGUCGUCGGCCUCCAUCCCCUGUCCUCAUGCCUGACUUGGAACCACCACUCUGUCUUCCCCUGCUGCUCCAUCUUCGCCUGCUGCUCCCUCUUCUCCUGCUGUUCCCUCUUCCUCUGCUGUUCCCUCUUCCCCUGCUGCUCCCUCGUCCCGUGCUGCUCCUUCUGCCUCUGCUGCUCCGUCUUCCCCUGCUGUCCCCCCGCCCCCCUCUGCGUGGAGGGCAGGGAUCUUUGGAGUGUCCUGCUGCGAGGCACCGUGCACGCCGACAUCUCCAAGCUCACCACACUCACUGCGCUCUACCUGUCAUCCAACCUCUUCAACCAGCGCCUCGACUCCUUUGUGGCUCCUAUUCUGCCCACCGCCUCUCUCAAGGAGUUGGUGGUGAGCUUCAACUGGCUCUAUGGCUCUGUGCCAUCCAAGCUCGUAGCCAUGGCCGCCCUCUCCAAUCUGCGCUUCAGCUACAACUAUCUGACAGGCUCGCUGCCCAAGCCCGGUGCCACCCUCAAGAUUCUCGACACGCAGGCCAACUUCCUCUCGGGCACUUUCCCCACGGCCACUCUAGUAGCCUGCAACGCUCGCCUCAACUGCUUCACCGACGCUUCUGCUUGCCCCAGCCUGGACGGAACGGCACAGAGGCCAGCAGCAGGGUGCAACAUGUGUGGCUCACCAACGAAGAAGCAACAGGGGCUGUGUGGAGGAGGCACCUGCUUGCCCAUCGUCUCUCCUUCCCUCGCUAAGGUUCCCAACAGUGCUGCUGCUCCCAUGCUCCCGAUGGCAUGUGCUGCCGUGCCCCUUGAUGCCACCACUGUGGCGGCACUGUUGAAGGUGGGGGCGGCUCUUGGGGUGAGAGACACGGACUGGCGCAACGGCAGCAAGUGCAACAUUGAGGGGCAGACCGCCAACUUCAAGACGUGGCCGGGCGUGUGGUGCAGCGCCAACGGCACCGUCCUCUCCAUCACGUUGCCCAACAAGGCACUGAGGGGCAUCAUCCAUGCCGACAUCUCCAAGCUCACUGCCCUCUCCUACCUCGAUCUGUCCUACAAUCUCUUCUUUGGUCAGCUCUCCAAGUUCGUCUCCAACGUGCUGCCGCUCGCCACCGUGGCCACUCUGAACCUCAACUCCAACUACCUCUAUGACAGUAUCCCAUCAGCUCUGGUCAACAUGCCUAAACUCACGGAACUCCGGCUGGGAGCGAACUACCUGACGGGCACGCUGCCAGCCAUGGCCACGCAGCUGCAGGUGCUGGCCAUCGCCAGCAACCUCCUGGCGGGCGCCUUCCCCACGCAGCCCUUCCAGCUGUGCGACAUCCACAGCAACUGCCUCUCCUCGCCGGGCUACUGCACCAACGAUGCCGGUGUGGCUCAGCGCACCUCCGGCUGUGCCUUCUGUGGUUCCGCCACGGGCGCCCCGCCUUUCUGUGCGGGCACCACCUGCACUCCCGAUGUCGCUGCUCGCCUUGCUGCCAGCACCGUCAACACCCCUGCUGCCGCCCUCGCAGCAAUGUUUUGCGAGGCCGUUCCAGUGGAUGAUAACUCUGCGCUGGCGCUGCUGGCACUGAGGGCGGGGCUGGGCGUGAGUGCUCUCAGCUGGGCGGUGGACUCGCCCUGCACGCUGGCGGGCAACGCCCCCGCGGUGGACAGCUGGACGGGCGUCGUCUGCGACCUCUCGGGCCAACAUGCUUUAUGCAGCAUGCAUGCUCUUUCCCGCCCCAACGUGGCGUCCAACCUCUUGGAUGCGCGCAUGAUUGAGUGGGCUCUGCCUCUCACGGGUCUCAAGGCACUCAAGCAACUGUCUCUCAACAACAAUUGGUUCUCCGGCCCUCUGCCCUCAUUCCUCCUCACCAUGUCCUCCCUCUCAGCGCUCAACGUGCAAUUCAACUACCUCGCUGGUCCCAUCACCGGCACUCCCUCUGCCUCCCUCAAGUCCCUCAACGUCGCCUCCAACCUUCUCACAGGAACCUUCCCAGCAUCUUCCACCACCGCAUGCGAUGCACGCAGCAACUGCCUAGCAGACUCCUCCAAGUGCCUUGCCUCUGGCUCCUCCUCCCAGAGGAGCACUUCUGACUGCAAUCUGUGCGGUGCUGGGAGUUCCAGUGUGGUGAUAUGCAAUGGAGGGGUGUGCACACCUGACACUACCGCGCCGGUGGCAGCACUCACGCCUAAUAGUGCCUCAGAUGCUCUGCUGCCCAUGCAGUGCUCGGGUGUGCGCAUUGAUGCCACUGCAGUAUCAGUGCUUGGGAGUCUCAAGGCGGCUCUGGGGGUGCCUCUCCCGGACUGGGGAGUGAACUCCCUGUGCACGGUGGUCAUUGUUGUUUCCGGGGUCAGCAGCUCCUCCCCUGGCCCGAGGGACUUGGGAGGCGUGCUGUGCAGCCCGGCCGGUGCUGUGGUGGAGAUCAACCUCAACACGCGCCAGCUGGCUGGGUCCAUGCAUGCAGAUAUCUCCAAGCUCACUGCGCUCACUGCUCUGCUGCCCAACAUGCCUAUCGCUCUGCACCUCUCCCCUUCCUGCGUUCCCCUCUUCCUGCGUUCCCCUCUUCCUGCCUUCCCCUCUUCCUGCCUUCCCCUCUUCCUGCCUUCCCCUCUUCCUGCCUUCCCCUCUUCCUGCCUUCCCCUCUUCCUACCUUCCCACAUAAUGCUUCUCCGGCAACUCAUCCCCCUCCAACUACACUACAACUACCUGUUUGGGCCCAUCCCCUCAGCUCUGAUCGGUCUCAAGAGCCUCUCCAAGCUGAGUCUGGGCUCCAACUACCUCACUGGGAGCGUGCCAGUGCCAGGCACUGCCAUCAAGCACCUGGGCUUCGAAAACAACUACCUCGUGGGAACCUUCCCAACAGGUUCCUGGCUGUCCUGCUCGGCACUCACGAACUGUUUCUCGAGUGCUGCUGCUUGCACGGCCGACGGAGGCAAAGGGACUGUUCAGAGAACCACGUGCAGUAUCUGCGGCAGUGCCAAUGGCACAGGGGUGUUGUGUGGCGGCGGUGGUGCGUCCACCUGCCAGCCCACAGCUGCUUCCCUCGCGUCCCUCUCCACGCUCAACGGCCCCUCUACACCUGCACUCCCUAUGGAGUGCUCCUUGCUGCCAGCUGUACCCGUCAACUCUACUGCCAGGUGGGCAGCAAAUGCUGUGUGCACGCUGGCAGGGACAGGUGGCACUGUGGCGAGUGGGAGCUUGACGGGUGUGGAGUGUGACUCAGCUGGCAACCCCGUCAAGAUCACUCUCAACAACCAGCAGCUGUUUGGAGUGCUCCCUGCUGAUGUCACCAAACUCACAGCGCUGACUUACCUCUCGUCUAUGCCCCUCCUGUGCCUCCCUUAUGCCUACUCUGUGUCCCCCUGCGCUCCCCCUCACAGCAACCUGCAGUCAAAUCUGUUCAGGGCUCGCCUUGAAGAUUUUGCCAUGAGGCUUCCUGCACUUACCAACCUGGCAGUGCUGUGA